ACCGCGGGCAUUCUUAUCAGAGUCUGAACCACAGACAGUACCUUGGAGUCUAAGCUUAGGCACCUUGUGCCUUGUUUUUGUGGCUAAGGAUUCUCAGAGUUGUGGGAUGCUGAAGAAGUUUAUCCCAAAAGCUCUGAUUCUACUUCCUCCACAAGCUUCAUCAUGGCAGUAUCUCCCACCGCUUGUUUUUGUCCAAGGGCAGAAAUGAGCAUCCUGGAAACCAAUCAGUACUUGCGCUCUGAACUGGAAAAGUGCAAAGAGAACUUCUGAGACCUCACAGAGAAAUUCCUGACAACCAAAGCUACUGCCUACUCCCUGGCCAAUCGCCUGCAGAAAUAUAGUAGGUCCCAUAGGGGCAUGGUCACCAAAGUGAUAAAUGAUGUCCAUCUUUCCUCUGUGAAAUGAAACACUGCAGACUUUAUUCUCUAUCAAAAUUAAUUUUAUCCUAACUGCACUCCCAGAAAGGUAGAAGUGGGCAUUUUACUCUCAAUUUGCCAAGGACAGAAAAACUGAGGCACAAAGGUGUAAAGUUCCUUUCGGCCGGAACCACCAUCUUCCAGUAAUUCGCCAAAAUGACGAACACAAAGGGAAAGAGGAGAGGCACCCGAUAUAUGUUCUCUAGGCCUUUUAGAAAACAUGGAGUUGUUCCUUUGGCCACAUAUAUGCAAAUCUAUAAGAAAGGUGAUAUUGUAGACAUCAAGGGAAUGGGUACUGUUCAAAAAGGAAUGCCCCACAAGUGUUACCAUGGCAAAACUGGAAGAGUCUACAAUGUUACCCAGCAUGCUGUUGGCAUUGUUGUAAACAAACAAGUUAAGGGCAAGAUUCUUGCCAAGAGAAUUAAUGUGUGUAUUGAGCACAUUAAGCACUCUAAGAGCCGAGAUAGCUUCCUGAAACGCAUGAAGGAAAAUGAUCAGAAAAAGAAAGGAGCCAAAGAGAAAGGUACCUGGGUUCAACUAAAGCACCAGCCUGCUCCACCCAGUGAAGCACAGUUUGUGAGAACCAAUGGGAAGGAGCCUGAGCUGCUGGAACCUAUUCUCUAUGAAUUCAUGGCAUAAUAGGUGUUAAAAAAAAUAAUAAUAAAGGACCGCUGGGCUAUUAAAAAAAAAAAAAAGGUGUAAAGUUUGCAGGGCGAGUGUAGUGAGGAAUAGAGACUAAAACCUUGGUUUAGGCAUGAAACUGUCUUUCCCUUCUCAGCAAUGAAUAUCAGAUUCUACAAACAUGUAACAUCACUGUUGGUUAAAACAUCUCAGGAUUCUAUUUAAACUUUUUUAAGAGCACCCAUUUGCAAAGCACUGUGCCAACAGCACCAGGGAUGAAAGAAGUGAUAGUAUACACUAUCUGCCUUGAAGGAACUUAAAACUACCUAUUCUCAACUGAGUCACAGGUAUGUGGAGAUGCAAACUUCAAUAGCAGACAUGGAGAAAACUCUGUGAUACCUGGAUCAAGAUUCUCUUCCCACGUAAGUUCAGAUAAGCCAUUCCUCAUGUUCUGGUUAGAUUGAGGGUAUUUCCAGAAAAAUCAGAGACUUUGUAACACCCUUUCUGUCUCUCUCUGAGUAUCAACUUUACAGACAGCAAGCAACUGCAGGUUGAUGUCCAGGAUCAGAGCUAUGAGACAUAUGGCCAAAAGGAGAACAAGGCCAAGUGGAACAGACUGCCAUUCUCAGCAGAAGGCCAGGCCAG